AUGACCAGCAUGCUCCUCUCCAGAGCUGCUGCAGCUACAACUCGAUUAUCUAUCUCCACAAGGGCCCUAUCCUCAUCCUCAUCCUCGCUCCCAACAUCCACACCACCAGCAUCCAACACGCGCGAACUCCAAGACCUCACCCCAACAGACCAAUGCUACUACUGGGACACCCUACCGCCACAACCGACCCAACUCGCCUUCGCCGACAAGGUCUUCACACCAUCCCGCCACUCGCCGAUCAAGCUAUGGUCCGCCAGCAAAUUCCGCACCACGCCGCUCUCCUCGCUGGAGCCCGAAGUGGCCUUUCUGGGGCGGUCGAACGUUGGCAAGAGCUCCUUGCUGAACGCAAUAAUGGGCCAGGAAAUCUGCUGGACAUCUUCGAGACCCGGGCGAACGCGAGAAAUGAAUGCCUUUGGUAUUGGGGGCACGAAGGGCGGAGAGCAUAAGGUUGUCCUUUUGGAUAUGCCUGGUUAUGGGAAGGCGAGUCGCUCGGAAUGGGGCGCGGAGAUUAUGAAGUACCUCCAGGGUCGGAAGCAACUCCGUCGAGCGUUUCUGCUUAUAGACAGCGAACACGGCAUCAAGCAAACCGACGCAGAUAUCCUGGGUCUCUUCCGGCGGUAUGCCAUUCCGCACCAGAUCAUUGUGUCCAAGGUAGACAAGGUCCUAUCGAAGAAGAAGAAACUCAAGUUUGGUGUGUCGACUGCUGGCAUUGAGCGGCUGCAGAGCAUGCUCCGUGAUCUCAGGCCUGUUGUCCAGCCGGAUUUCAGCGUCUCCGAGGGACCCGGUGCCCUCGGUGAGAUUAUCACCGCUGGCGCUGAGACUUUGACUAGCACGGGUCAGGCGCUGGGUGUUAAUGCCGUUCGCUGGGCGAUUUUGUCGGCGGCAGGGAUUGGGGAGGAUAUAGUGGCCAAGUGA